AUGCCUCCACCAGCCUCCACCAUACCUUCGCAGAACCGCCUGCGCCCUCCGCACCGCCAGCACUCGUCUUCGUCAGGCGGCACUGGUAGCGGAAGUGGCAGCAACACAUCGAGCCUCAAGCUGCCUUCGCUGCCACGCUUCCACCCGGCCAACUUCCCGUCGCAGUCGUCAUCGGCGGCGCAGACGCCAUCCACCAACCCCAAUAGCCCGCAGCCACCACCGUCGCCCUACGCCCAACAGAGGCAGUACUCGGAGGCCCAACGCCAGCUGUACCUGUACCAGCGCGAGCUGCUGGCCACGGCCGCCCGCAACAUGCACGCGUCGUCGACGGGCGGGGCCACGGUUCGCCCCGUCUCGCCGCGCCUCAACCCCCUCGGCUCCCCGGGCCCCGUCACGCCUCUGGAGCUCGAGGGCCAGGGCGACUACCUCGUUGCCGGAGCCCGCUCCGCCGCCGCCCUCGCCGCCGGCUCCCAAUCUGACCUCGUCGAGAAGCUCAUCCAGGACGAGGUCAAGCGCGCCGGGCCCAUUUCGCCGGGCCGCCCGACAUCGGUCGGCGGCUGCUAG